UUAAUCAAUUUUUUUCAUUUUCAUAUAUAUUUAAGAACUGAUUAUUUCACACGUUUCGAAAAGUGGGUGUAAUCUUAUCUAUAUGUAGCUUAUUUUUCCAGAUCUCGUGAGUUACGUCGGUUAACACCUUUCGACUCAUAGGUCAGACCACGGAAUAAGAUUGCUAUCUAAAAAGUGUUUUUGCCGAGAGGGCAUAUACACAUCUUUUAUAUUUUUUUUAUGUUUUGUUAUAUUUUAUUUUGAGCACACGGCUUCUCCCCCAUAAAAAAGUAUGCAUUUAUCAUUUAUUACCAUAUAUUAGUGUUUCCCGAUGGUCAAUUAUAAUCGAUAUCUAAUCUGAAAUGCAACAGAUUUCCGACAAUCGAUUAUGUGAUUUCAACAUCGAUGAUUGUUUUCAAAACCGGAAGUGCCAGUUUUACUUUCAUUUUCACCAAAAGAGAGCAGGAGUUCUAUGUCAUUUUACUCUUAACUAUAACUUCUUACCAAUCAUGCUAUUUAAAUAUAAUUAAUUGCAAAAAAUAUAAAUGAUAACUGUUCAUCAAUAAAGCUUGUUACGUUGAAAUGGUAUAAUAAAAAAAGAUACGAAACUACGCGGAAAAAUUGAAAUUUGAUUAGUAGUAUUAAUAAAAGGAAAAGCCAUGCCAUUGUUAAAAAAGGUCAUAUUUUGUUAAGGAUUAUGUAAACGGUAGGUUAACCGAUUAAUAAUCAAGAAUCGAUCGGUUGACACUAACCGAUUAUAUCUGAUCAUCGAUGUUGAAAUAUCAACCGAUUCCCAACACUACCAUAUAAAUGUAAUUUGUUUACAAAAACUAAGUGCAAGUGACGCCUUCAUUAAAUACAGAUCUGCAAUUAAAGGGUAGAACAAAUAUUAGAAAUAACAACGUUAAUGGUAAAAGACAUUGUACAUGCAAAGGGGACCUAAUGGAAUAAGUUUCGUUGUUUUUAAUGAAAUGGAAAAGACAAAACUGAAGGAAUAACUUGUCAAAAGUAACUUUUUCUAACAGAUCUGAAUACAUUUUGUGCAUUUACAAAGCAUGGCAAUGUAUUGUCCUUAACACAUUACAAACAACCAGCAUUUGACCUGCCGCCUUAUUAUAUAUAAAUUGAUCUCGAAUCCCCCCGACUUCCCACCUUGAACCUCUGAAAUACACUAUAUGCUAUGCUGAUAUGGGUCAUAGCAUUAUGUGUUCUUUGACCCAUAUCAAUAUAGCAUGUGUAUUUCAGACACUGACUGUCUUGAAGCAAAUCGGACAAGGGUAGGGAAGGGAACGGGGAGUCAUGUUGUGACACAGACACGAACUGACAAAGUAGGUUACGCAUAUUUACUUUUAACCCACACAUGCGCGUACAUUCAGUUCAUGUAUCUCCGGCGGCUCAUCAGCAUUGUCGUUGAUAAACAAAGAAACUUUUCAUCUGACCGGAUCUCCUUUGCACUGAAGUGACUGGACUUGCACAGGCCUAAUAUUCGUGAAGCCGACGGUUGUUUUCUUGUUAGAAGUGUGACAAACACAUAUUAAUAUUGGUAGACCUUUUAGUCAAACAUGAAAAUUGUCAGUGAUGCGGUCAAAACUGGUAAAAUUCACUCCAAACUCUUGUUGAUUCCUCUCGCGUUCGGUAUUGCAGGCUUCUCGUUGAAGUUUUUCUGUUCCGGUCUUUUUCAACCAAUCAGAAGGUGGCAAAUUUUGAAGCCCGCGAUUUUCAAACCUCAAAUAUUUUUAUUGUGAAACCUGAUUCAUCAAAAACGUCGAUAACUUUAAUUUUUAAACCCGUUUUAAGAAAGAAACACUUCAAACCAUAACGCAUAUGUUUGCAAAAUUCACGUAAAUAAGAUGCGAUUUGAAACAUAUUUUUUAUUCCCAGAGAGAUGUUUAAAACGGCGAUUGUUUAGCCUCUGAUUUAUAAAUAACCAAUCAGAGCGUCGCAAAUAUUAACGUCCGUUCUGCACGAUGUAAAGAAAAAAGAUUGCAUAGUAUUGUAGCUUCGUUUUGUGUUACUAUAUAUAGCUUUUGGCUUUAACUAUAUAUAUACCACGUGUACGAUACACGAGACAUUUCUGUUUGUUUCACACUCAUCCAUUAUGCAAACGAAAUUGCAAAAUUUAAAACAUUCUUAUGUGCCACCUCGUAGCUUACAGUUUACUGACGUUUCUUCCUAUGCAUUGUGGGUAUAUUCGUUUCAAAUUAUAUAUUUUAUAUGCUUCCGCUUUUUAUGUAAACCCGUUCUUGUCACCACAAACGAAUUACCGUUUGGUAAGCGUCAUCCGUAGCACUUCCGUACCGUUUGCGUCCAAUGUGGAACAGGGAACGUGUACGGGUCUGUACCAUCCAGCCAUUUUCAUCAUUUUUGAGAGAAUAAAGAAAGAUACCCUACUACCACGUUUGUAAAUAUCAGUCAGAUCGUCACGAAUAAAAGUCAAAGCAGUAGGCCGUAUCUGUGCGCUUUCAUUUAUGGGGUAAUUCCUUAAAUAGACUUGUUAUUGAGAUAUACAUACCUGCCAUACUAAGCAUUUAAACACCUGCCAUGAAAACGAGCAUAUAACAUUUUACACCUAACUGAUCAUGAUCAAGAUCGAUUAUUAUCGGUUAUUAGGAUGUCACUAGAUUCAUUUGAAUGACAAAGAAUAUAGAUACAUUAAUAUCAGAAAUAUGAUAUAUACAGCUAUAUAUGGAGGACUGAAUGAUUCAGUCCAACCACAAAAUGGCACGUACAAAAAUUAGAAACCAUUCACCGCGUGGAUGGUCGUGUUUGGAAUUGAAUACGAGCAAGAAAAUGGCAGAUCACCUAAAACAGAGCUUAGUAGCAGGGCUGACAUCAAGUCCUAAGUACAUUCCCGCCUGGUACAACUACGACAUUGUCGGGUCGAGACUUCAGCAUGAAUGUGGCAAAGUAAAUCAGGAUUACUAUUUGACAAGGAGUAAUAUAUCUGUUCUGGAACACAGUGUACAGGAUAUUAUACCGAAUGUUCCAUACGACCUGACCUUGGUUGACCUUGGAAGCGGAAACUGUUCUAAAACUAAGAUCCUUAUAGAUGAGCUGCUGAAAAGGCAAACAGCGCUGACCUUUUAUCCUAUUGACAUUUCUGGAGAUUUUCUGUUGGAAGCAGUUAAGGAGUUGUCGGAAGAAUACGACGAUUCGCUUGUAGUCCAUCCUAUAGCUGCAGAUUACGUUCAAGGAAUAGAUCAACUAAAACGUAUCGAAGGUGCUAAAUUGAUUUUGUGGAUUGGAAGCAUUAUCAACUUAUCGUAUGAUGACCAGGUGAACACUCUCAGGAUGAUCUCUACCAUCAUGACAGAUAAAUGUCGCCUUGUGUUCAGUGCUGACAUUACUCAAGACAGAAAGGCUAUCCUAAAGGCCUACAAUGACGAAGCAGGGGUGAUACGGACGUUCUACGAAUAUGGCAUUGCAAGGUUGAACAAAGAGGAAGGGAGUGAUAUCGACUUGGCGAGGUUUACAUAUGAGGUAGAUUUUAUAUCUGACAGCGACCCCCAGUACAUGAGUAAUGUGAGAGCCUACAUCCAGGCAAAGGAAGCCAUUCGGUACCCAAUACCUGGAUUAAAAACAGAUCUGGUAAUGGAAAAAGGAGAACGUCUUUAUCUUAACGAAGGCUCAGGAAUCAGCUGUAAAUAUACACUGGAACAGCUACAGAAUAUUGUGAAGAAAUCUGGACUCCGUCUGGAGGACACAUGGACUGAUGAACAGCAGCACGCUGUUUUCUGUAGGUGUGAGACUGUAUAAACGACUUCAAUAAACAGCACCAGGAGUGAUGACUAACAUGACACCGUCUUGCGCAAUCUAAGAACAAAUCAGAUAUCAAAUAUGGACGGUUUAAUGUAAGCGUCUGAUUGGAUCAAAACAAAAUAAUAAUAUCCGGAGAACAAUUUAUAAAAUGGAUUAAACGGAUAUAUUUGGUUUACUGUAUGCAGAAGAUAAAAGAGGUUUCUAGAGAAAAUAACUUACAUAGCAGGGUUAAACAGCGGAUAAAAUUUGUAACGGAUAAACGAAAUACUUCAGGUGUAUUACGCAUUUCUUCCAAAACGGGUAUAUUAAACCCUGUAUAUUACUGUAUAGAUUUCGUCUUAUUCAUCAACACAAAACUCGAUAAUGGUUUAUCAAAGACGUUGUGAAAAAUAUGCAUACAAAGAAAUAAUAUGUAUGAUAUCUUUUACAGAAAAACUGUUUGAUUCAAAGAAAUUUAAAAUUUUAAGUGACGAAAGCGUGAAGUCUAUUUGUUUUCAUGAAUUAUAAUUACUUUUUUAAAGCAAUAUAUAUGGAGGCUUUUUAAUAGUUUCCUUCAGUAAGAAGAUCAGAUAAUAUAUUUAAAUAUGAAGGAAUGAAGGACAAGGAAAAUUAUUAUUUCAAAGUUCGAAACUCCCGACCGAAAAUCCAACAAUAGAUUCAAACCAUGGUCCUUCAAUUAUAUUUGUUUUAAUGGUGCAAUGAGAGCCUUCUGCUCUUCAUCGUUAGCAUUUGUGGUCUAAUAUUUUGAUCUACGGUAAUCGAGACCUUGUAAUUCUGACUUGUGGCCUUGUGUUCCUGUUAGCUAGUCGACCAAACAGUCUAAAACAACUCUAUUUUGAGAUAGCAUAUUGUGUCAUUUGCAAAGAAAAAUAUGAUGUUUCUUCUUUUUUCUUUCUGUUUUCUGUUUUUUUUUUAUUAUCGUAUUUUGUUAAGAAAGGCGUUAUAACCUGAUCGAAUUGCAAAUAAAUGUUUUUCGCUUUUAACUUUCACACAAAUAUUUUCGCAAUCUUGAUCCUUUUACUCUCUCUAUAUAUAUGUUUAUAUAAAUACAAUAAUAAGAUUAUGUAUUUUGUAACAAAUGGACAUAGCUGUAUGACAAUAGAGGAAAUAAAAGUGCACCCUGCCUACAACCGUGACAAAUGUUCAAAAUCAACCAGGUUUGAUGCGAAACCUAUGCACAUCCGGUACGGCUAAACUAGCCGUGAUUGCACGAAAACAUGCGUUCCAUGUGUUUUGUGCAUUCAAGCGUACCGGAGACGGGGUAUUUUGGGUGUGUUUUCCUCCUUGUGGUCACAUGAUACUGACAACGGAUGAACCAGUUGUUGCAAUUAUCCUAAAUGCUGAACGUUAAGCAGGGAAUAACAACUACCAUGUUUACGGACUUUGGUACAUAUGUCCCGGCCUUGGGACAGAACCCAUUGCCUUCCUCUUUUGGGCGAACGCUCAACAGUAAAGCCAAAAAUGAGGUGUGUUUUCUUAUUAGCAAGGCGCUAGAAAAAAAUGUAUUCAGAAGUAGAAAAAGCUAUCAACAUCCCAAAACUGCAGCAAAUUUAUUUUUUGUGGUCGCGUUCAUGUUGCCCACGAAGAGGGCACAAAAGAAAAUUUCCAAUUAUACAGAAGAGGCGGGGGGGGGGGGG